CCUCCCCCGCCCCCGCCCGCGCCGCCACCUUGACCGAGCGAGCGACCGAUGGCAGGCGGCGGCGGUGGCGGCCAUGGCGCCCGUGUGUGACCAUCAUGGAGGCUGCAGAGAGCGGGCGCCCGGGCCCAGCGGCCUCCUCGUCCUCCUCGUCCUCGUCCUCCUCGCCGCCCGCCGCCGCUGAGGGGGAGAAGACGGGACCGGCGGCGAUGAGGAGGAGCGACAGAGAUGGCGGCGCGGACGGGAGGAACGUGGGCUUCGUGCUGGUGCACGCAGGAGCAGGUUAUCAUUCUGAAUCGAAGGCCAAGGAGUAUAAACAAGUUUGCAAGAAGGCUUGCCAAAAGGCAAUAGAGAAACUGCAAACUGGUGCUCUUGCUGUGGAUGUAGUGGCUGCAGCCCUUAUUGAACUAGAGGACUCUCCUUUCACCAAUGCAGGAAUGGGUUCCAAUCUAAAUCUCUCAGGGGAUAUAGAAUGUGAUGCCAGUACAAUGGAUGGAAAGUCCUUGAAUUUUGGAGCUGUAGGAGCACUCAGGGGGAUCAAGAAUCCGAUCUUGGUUGCAAAUAAACUAUUAAGUGAAGCACAGAAGGGGAAGCUCUCUGCUGGCAGAAUUCCUCCUUGUUUUUUAGUUGGAGAAGGGGCUCAUAAAUGGGCUGUGGAUCAUGGAAUUGUACCAUGUCCUCCUGACAUCAUGACAACAAAGUUCAGCUUAUCUGCGUUUAGGAAAAACAGACGAAAACUGGAGCUUGCAGAGAAGGUGGAAACAGAAAUGAUUCAGACAAAGAAGAGAAGAGAAGUGACUGAAAACGUUAGUGUCUUUAUUUUUACCCUAAGUACCAACGUCACGGCUUCACUUGAUACUGUUGGGGCAGUCGUGGUGGACCAUGAAGGGAACGUGGCUGCCGCUGUUUCAAGUGGAGGCUUGGCGAUGAAACAUCCCGGGAGAGUUGGCCAGGCAGCUGUAUAUGGAUGCGGUUGCUGGGCAGAAAACGCAGGUGGCCAUAAUGUGUAUUCUACAGCUGUGAGUACAUCAGGCUGUGGUGAACAUCUAGUGCGGACCAUGUUGGCCAGGGAAUGUUCAGUGGCCCUUCAGUCCGAAGAUGCCCACCAAGCUCUGUUGGAGACUAUGCAAAAGAAAUUUGUCCGUUCACCAUUCCUAGCCUGUGAGGACUCUGUACUUGGCGGAGUCAUAGUUCUCCGUUGCUGCAGAUGUUCAAUGGACUCUGAGUCGGCACUGAACACACCAGCCCUCCUAGUUGAGUUUUUAUGGAGUCAUACCACCGAGAGCAUGUGUGUUGGCUACAUGUCGACUCAAGAUGGAAAAGCUAAGGUAAAUACUCAUAUUUCAAGGCUUCCGCCAGGAGCUGUGGCAGGGCAGUCGUUAGCAAUCGAAGGUGGUGUUUGCAGGCUACGGACCUCGGUGAACUAAACGUUUCAUCCCAGUAGUGCUACCAUACACAGCCUCAGACGGACUACCUAACUAUAGUCUAUUUAUAUUUUAAAUGUGAUCAAUGAAAGCGUAUUGAGAGCUUUAUCUUUUUUGGUACCACAAUAAAAAUUGCACUUUGUACUUUAUAUAUAUAUAUAUAUCCUGAUUAUGCAAGUAAGUGCUGCUUUACUUUGACCUGCACCCAUCUCAGUUUAAAACUGGAGCAUUCACAAGAUUGGUGCGAGUUUUCCUGAUUGAUAUAUAUUGUCCCAAAAAGAUAAAUGUAAAAAAAAAAACACCGUUCUUUCCCGCUGACUUGAGUUUCAGUCAGUGCAUUGCAUUCCAUAUUUUCUGUCUAAAAGACCAGCAACAUUUGCUUUUUUUUGGCACUAGAAUUAGUAACUAGCAAAAGUGUCCGUGAAUUUCAACAUUGCUGAUUACAGCGCAAGAUACCUGGCUAAUUAGUAAUAACACAUGUACCAAUGUUUGGCUGUUAGUUAACGUGAGGUUUUGAUCAGAUAUACAGUAUAUAAGUUUAAAUUUUUUGGAGAUACCGAUAAAAGAUGUGAUUGCGUGUGCAUCGGUGUGGCAGGUAUGGUAUGAAACCUCGCAUUGAAUUAUUUAAACGUGAAACUAUUAACCAUGCUGUUAGUGCUGUCAUGCCGGGGUUGAUCGUGAAUUCACCAAGAAUUUGACAAACAAUUCGGUGAUGUAAGAGUGAGUGAAUGCUUAAGAUAUUAGUGGUGAAAAUGUACAUUUAA